UGCAUGUUCGAGUUUGCUCGCACUAUCAACGCGGACGCGUACGCGAGACCUCGAGACGCGCGUCGACGGGGGUUCGGAACAUUCGGCACCUGGUGGAGGUGUCAGUACAGGUGAAGCCGCCGUUUACGCACGACCAGCAGGGACUUUACCGACGCGAUCGAUUCGGAGCUUUGCGGAAAGGAUGCCACAGUUCCGUGCGCGAACUCAACCGGGAAUGGCGUGAGUUACGAGUUGCUGCGCUGUUUUUUUUGUGUAGAAUCUCCAGAUACCCGCGGUGCGGUAAUACAUCCUGGUUCAAGUUUAGUUUUAUCUGUGAUUUUUUUUUCGUUCUUUGAUUGUCUAUCACGAACGUGCAAGUGAAGUGAAAUAUCGUACAAAAAAGCAAAAAUGGCGCCAAACAGUGCGCUCUGUGUGCUUACGUUGUGGAGUGUUAGUGUACUGAUCCUGCUACUUAACCGGUGCGAUAGGACUGAUGCUAACUUCAUUACCUACGUCGAUGAAUCUGGUGAAAACGUGCCGGAAGAUUAUGUCCUGGACACGCGCCAUCGGCGCAAGAAGAUUCGGCCGCAGGACUAUAACGAUGCACUCGAUCGUUUGAUUUCGCAUGCGCUAAAUCAGACAACACCUCGUACGGGAACCAACGAAACAAGCGCGGAAGAUCUGUCCUCCAGCACGGCAGAGCAAAGCAUCGCCUGUAUAGGCAAACGGAAGCCAAUGGAUAUCGAUUCACUGGACAGCCUGACGGUGCGCAAGUGUUGCCCGAAGGGCCAAUCGUUCCACCGUCUAAGCAUAACCACCUGCCACCCGAUGGAUGUGCACGAUCACAUAAGCCGCUUUACGUUGCUGGCCCGCCAGCUAGACUACUACGGUCCCGGGUGUCACGAGUACGGCAAAUAUCUACGCUACAAUACGACGAUCGACAAGACAUGUGUGGGACAGAGGUUGAUAUUUAAUGAUCGCGGUACGCAGAUGCUGUUGAUCCAGAACGGUUCACUGCUGGUGACGCGCGGCGACGAGAUCGAGUUCUACGAUGAUUUCUGUGUGGAGGAAACGGGCAACAUGGUGCUGGCGGCACACAUCUGCGAUGCGGAGGGUGGCGACCAUGCGGGCGAUCUGUUCUCCGGGUGGUUGGGCACGGUGAUGAUUGUACUGGCGCUGGUCGCCUCGACCGUUACCGUGCUGGCGUACGCGUUCGAUCGGACAUUGCCACACCGGUACGGGCCACUGAUUGCGACUCAUGCCGGUUUGUUGGCGGGAGCUAUUCUGCUGGAGCUGCUACUUGCAGCACUGCAUGAAGAGCACUACCGUCCCGUGGUCAACGUACUGGUUGAGAUUUCCUACGCCAUAUUUGUGGUCUUCAGUGCGAUGCUAUUCUUUUCAUCAGCUACCGGUACUACCAAUAUCAACUACCGUUUAUUAUUAGUGACCGUGUUCUUCGUCUCUUCCUGCUCACUCGUUGCCAUGGCCCUGACGUUCUACUCCGAGCGUGUCCUGCUGAUGACGGUCCUGGUGAGCUUACUGGUAGCGUUGAUCAUCAGUGCGGCCAACGUCUACACCUCCUUUGGACGGAACCAUCUCGGGUUCAACAGUAGUGACAAUCCGUUCGAGAUGAUUAACGAGGGUAGCACGGCUAAGCGUAUGGAUCAACGGAAGGAACUCACAAUUGUUUCCACAUUCGCUUGUGCAACACAGAUCAUCGUGUGGAUACCGUACUCGAUGGGCAAAUACUCACUGCUAUCCGUGCUAGCCUGGAACACGAUCAUCAUCUUCGUCGUCUUUGUCGGCCUGAGGCGUCGUUCGAUCGGUCUCUGCAAUGUUGGCCAACGGGUAAAGUUGCAGCGGACGGGACAGGUGCCCAUUAGCACACCGUACGCCGAUCACCAGAUGCCUCGCGAUACCCAGACCGUUCUGCCACCGGACGAGGACGUAGAGGUGGAGAACGAGCUGCGCGUGGUGUAGGUAUAGUUGACUUCUUCGCGAUCACUACAGAAGAGAUUGAUAGUAGACUGUAAAUAAACGCAACGUGUCGUUUAGGUAGCGGAAUUGUAGUUGUUCAACGGAAUAAUUUAAGCUUCAAGCGAAUUAGCACACAAUCAUACCUUCCCAACACACCCCACGAGAAAAAGGAAAAACAAAACAUUAGUCACCGUGCGAUCGCCACGGAUCGCCGAACCGUCGAGCUGGUCGCCGUCGAAGAUCCGAGAGAGGGUUUUUGGGGGUUUUUUGUACGUAAGAAAACGGCAAAACAAAUAAAACAAACAAAAACUGAAA